AUGCUCUCAUCACAGUCACGCCAGCCAAAUAAUGCCUACUAUCAACCUACACCUGCCCCCGCGCAAGCCCCCAAACCUGAGGGUGGCCCACCGCUGCCUCCCACCCAGCGCCUUCAUGACUCCAGCAUGAUGCCACACAUGCAACCACAGCAUCUUCCCACUCAGCAAGCCAAUCUGAUGCACCCGCAACAGUCGCGCCCACCACCACCACCAUCGCCACAGCACCAGCAGCCACAGCCACAGCCACCUCCACCUCCACCUCCACAGCAACAGCAACAGCCUCAGCCUCAGCAACAACAACAACAACAACAACAACCGCAACCCCAGCAGCAGCAACAACAACAGCCGCAGAUGCAACAGCAGCAGCAGGUCACACAGCAGCAUGCGUCUGCGUCUCAGCGGAUCGAAAUCUACAUUGGCCAGCGGAACGGCAGAUCGUACAGACUGUCCGUCGAGCAACAGCCUGUUCGAGCCCGCAUGUGCGGCUUUGGCGACAAGGACCGCCGCCCCAUUACUCCACCGCCUUGCAUCCGCCUGGUGGUGUGCGAUACUAAGACAGGUCAAGAAAUCCUGCCCAAUGAUGUCGACAGUACCUUCUUCGUUCUCAUGGUCGAUCUAUGGUCCGAAGAUGGAAUGCGUGCUGUCAACCUAGUCCGCCACAGCAGCGCUGCGCCCACUGUCAGCAUCAGCAGUAGCACCACUACCGCCUAUCCACCGCCACCAGAACGGGCCACCCUGUACAUGCAGCAGCAGUAUCCAGGAUUCGUCCAGCAAGUGGCACCCCGCACUAUGAACCCCUACGGCCAUGCCACCACUCAUCAGGCUUAUUAUACCACCGGGCCAGUCGCCCCAGACUAUCAGCUCUACGGUGCACCUGGUAGCUACGGGAAUCCCAUCCAUGUCACUGGGCCCGUAGCGCCUUCCAUCACCCAGAACCACACUCGCAACCUCAUUGGCAUGAACGCUGUCAAUGCGUGUCGGCUGAACGACCCAGACGGCAACCCAGGCUUUUGGUUUGUUCUUCAAGAUCUCAGUGUCCGCACCGAAGGGACUUUUAGACUCAAGUUGAGCAUGUGCGAUAUUGGAAGUGGCCAGAGCCCGAAUGCCGCCGUCGUCAGCAACGGCAAGUGUCCGAUCCUUGCCUCCACUUUCUCAGAGCCCUUCACUGUCUACUCGGCCAAGAAAUUCCCAGGUGUCAUUGAGAGCACACCGCUCAGCAAGUGUUUUGCUUCGCAAGGCAUCAAGAUACCCAUUCGCAAGGAUGGCGUUAAAGAGCGGGGCAAUCAGGCCGAGUACGACAACGAUGAUUGA